AUGUGUGAUCAGUGAGUUUCUACUUAUAAAGCGUGUGGAAAACGUGUAUGUUAUAGCUUUGUUUAUGGUUUUUACAGGCACUAUAUUUAUAAAUACAUGAUUGUUGACCUUUGUAUGAUAAAAAAGUGUAAAAUUAAAAAAUAUCGUGUACUGUAAAACAUUUAAACAAGUUCUCAUUUUUUAAAACGCAAAACUUACAAUUAAUGCACAUUCCAUUCCAGAUACAACGUUGAAACCUGCAAAACUUGCACAUAUGUCUUGGUUCGCCAGCAACAACAUCGCAACGCUUACCACGUACGCACAAAUACGUUUUUCGCAAAGCUACAGUACGACGAAAAAAGGCAGCACAUGCGUUACAACAUAAAACACCAAAGUGCUUGUUCCAUGCUCCGUCGCCACAAAUGGGACACACACUUUGAAAACCAUCUGAAUUAG